AUGUCUGAAGAACUGAGAGAACUUCAAGUUGGAGAAGAAGUAGAAAGUCAUGUGGCCGGAGUAGCUCAGCCAGCUAUAGUUCCUCCACCGGCUCCUGCACCAGCACCAGUUGGGCCGCCUAUUGAUAAAUUGAGAAAGUAUGGUGCUACAGAAUUUAAAGGACGAAAGGAAGAUGACGCGUCUGCAGCAGAAUAUUGGUUGCAAAGUACAGACAAGGUUCUUCAACCGUUACAGUGUUCCCCAGAAGAUAGUCUAAUAUGUGCAGUGUCACUACUGAAAGAAGAAGCCUACCAAUGGUGGGACACUGUGGCCCAGACAGUGCAACCAAUACAGAGGACAUGGGAGUUGUUUUUAAAUGAGUUCAGAAAAAGAUAUAUAGGAGAUAUUUAUUUGGAGGAGAGAAAAAGGGAGUUUAUCUAUUUGAGGCAGGGACGUAUGACAAUAGCUGAGUAUGAAAGGGAGUUUAUUAGAUUGAGCAGAUAUGCCAGGGAGAUUAUUCCUACAGAGGAGGCAAAAUGUAAAAGAUUUGAGCAAGGGUUAAACACUAAGAUCAAGAUGCUUCUAGUUGCCCUUCAAAUCAGAGAUUUUUCAGCACUGGUGAAUGCAGCUUUAAAUGUAGAGAAAGUGAAGGAAGAAGACCAGAGUAUAAGACAGAGGAGUCAGCAAAAAAGGACUCACAGUCAGAGUCAAGGGCAGAUGAUAGCUUCACAGGGCUCUAGUAAGAGACAGAAAAGUUUUCAACGUACUAGAUCAAGCCAGUCUCAAAGGCAAGGCAAAAAAUCAGCUCAGAGUUUAGCAAGUGGAUCUAUUCAACAUACUGCUUCUGUGGCCAGUUCAGGAGGCUCAGGAAGAAGUCUUCCACCAGAGUGCAAUCACUGCAGAAGGAGACAUACUGGUACUUGCAAACUGAUGACAGGAGCUUGUUUCAUAUGUGGCUCGAUGGAUCACAUUAUGAGGGAUUGUCCUAAGAAGCAGACAGCCUCAGCACCAGCAACAGAAAGAACUACACCAGUAACUCAAAAGACUAGAAGCAAAGGUAGAAGUGAGCCGACAAGUACCUCUAGUCAAAGAGUUUCAGAGACCGUGGAUAGACUGGAAUCUAGAGCACCUGCCAGAGCCUAUGCCAUCAAAGCCAGAGAGGAUCAAGAUUCCCCAGAUGUUAUCAUGGGUAUAUUUUCUAUCUUUGGCCAGUCUGUUCAUGCUUUAAUAGAUCCUGGUUUCACACACUCUUAUAUUUGCAUACCUGUCUCAAAUAAAAAAGAACUGCAAGCAGACAUUCUAGACCAGGAUAUAGUAGUAACUAAUCCUCUUGGCCACAGUGUAGUUGUCAGUAAAGUAUUUAAAGAUUGCCCCAUCUUGAUUCACGGUCACAUUUUUCAUGGAAAUUUGAUUGAAUUACCUUUUCGGGAGUUUGAUGUGAUUCUAGGAAUGGAUUGGUUAUUUAGACACCAAGUUAUAGUUGAUUGUAGAAAGAAGAGAAUCACGCUAAAGACACCGGAUGGUGAAGAAGUAGUAGUUGUGGGCGAGAGAUCAGAUUUUCUCUCCAAUGUUAUUUCUGCUACUGCAGCCAGAAGAAUGAUAAGAAAGGGUUGUGAGACAUACUUAGCCUGUGUUUUGGAGGCUAAGAAGGAGAAACCUAUUGUGCAAGAUAUACCUACUGUUUGUGACUUCUCUGAUGUCUUUCCAGAUGAAUUACCAGGAUUACCUCCAGAAAGAGAAGUAGAAUUUGCCAUAGACGUUGUACCAGGCACUACACCCAUAUUAAUUGCUCCUUAUAGGAUGGCUCCCACAGAAUUAAAAGAAUUAAAAGUGCAGCUACAAGAAUUACUCGAUAAGGGUUUCAUACGCCCCAGUAUCUCUCCCUGGGGUGCACCAGUGCUAUUUGUUAAGAAGAAGGAUGGUUCGCUGCGAUUGUGCGUGGAUUACAGACAACUCAACAAGGUGACCGUCAAAAAUAAAUAUCCAUUGGUGCACCCCAGGGAGAGAUACUGGGGCGUAUGA